AUGACCAUCACAUACACCUAUUGCUACUUAUUCUACCCAUCGCUGCCUAUUCGUAUCAAUUGCUCACUCCUUUAUUUUUCAAUCGUCUUUCUGACCCGCUCCGCUCGCCCCACAAUGCCAAGAUGCCCCACAUUUCCUGCAGUUUUCCCCCACAACGAUUCGCGCACUUUCUCACCUCUCUUAGCUUGCAAACUUACCAGUGUUUUCCAUCCAGUGCACCAGCCUCGCUGUGUUCGCACCGACUGCCGCCACUUCACUAUGAGUGGCAUAGCACUCAAGCUCACAUCGUUAUUAGUGCGCACGGUUGCGAAGCCAAUCGCCACCGCCAUUAAAGCCCAGGCCAAGGAGCAUGAGAAGUUUCGUCAGGGUUGCAUUCGCAUAGCUCAAACCGUGCAUCACACCGAUAUUCGCCUCCGCAUGUCAUUAUUGGGUGAAAAAAAGAUAAAAAUUCGUCCACUUAAUGAUAAAAAAGCAGUGGAAAACGGUGCCAAUUUUCUUUCUGAGUUCUUUAUCUUCUCAGUGGCUGGCUCAUUGAUUCUCUAUGAGUCAUUUCGAAGCCGGAAAAAGGCAGCUGAUGAACGCGAUGCAUUGGCUGAUGACAUUGCUACUCUUCAGGACGAGAUAGAGUAUAUCAAAAAACGCUUAGCAUCUUAUAACGUUCGCAUGGACGAUUAUAAGCCUCCGGAAGGGUACAGGCCGAAGUAUGUCAAAAUUCAGACCGGAGAUGGAGACCUGGCAAAGACAUUGGUAGACACCAGUCAAUUGAAACAACCGGACAAAACCGAUGAAAAUCAAAAACAGGUCAAAGAUCAGCACAGUGGUAUUCUGGAAGUACUGCAGUCUCGCAAUGAGCAGAAAAAUUAA